AUGAAACUGAAACCGGCCUGCGCCAUCUGCCGGAAGAUUACACCCGCUAGCGAGGCGGUGAAGAAAGCCAGCGGCACAGCCCAGCCGUCUGCGGGAGGUGGAUGCGCCAGCCCUGCUGCCUGCAGGGCAGGCAAGAAUGAAGCUGGCUCGGCCUGCGCCAUCCAUGAGAAAGUGCCCACCCACAUGGGGGGCGGACUGGAGUUAAAGGCCCUUUACCAAAAUGGACUCUUGAGCGUCUCUACUGACACUUUCUGUGGAAUGAGAGAAGUGUUGGAAAGUCCAUUUCUCAAGGCGGGGGCCACCAUAGAGAACAAGCUGGUAUGGGUGCCGCCCCCGGCCAGCGGCGAGGGGGGUCUUGCCGACGGCGGAGGGGAGCCUCCCCCUGGCAGGAGCGCGGAGGCGACGGCGGCGCGCCCGGGCAGCAAGCGGAAUCUCCGAGGAAGAGGAGAACCCCUGCAAGAGUUUCUGGCCGACCGGAGGCCACCCAAGGCAACUUUCCGCGGCCUGUUGGGCGGGAAUCCGCGGAGCUUUGGACCCUGCGGGACCGGCCGCCGGCCUCGGGAGCUGUCCCCGGUCCUGAAGGGGGGCUUCGCCUCAGCAGAGGCCAACGGGUCUCUGGAGGUCCUGAAUGGCUCGGCGUGCCUGGCAGGGUUGCUGCCCUGUGCCAACGGUUCAGAGCCGCGAAGCCCCCCGCGCCUGGUCGACGCCUGGCUGGUGCCCCUCUUCUUCGCUCUGCUGAUGGUGGUGGGGCUGGCCGGCAACUCCUUGGUGAUCUACGUCAUUAGCAAGCACAAGCACAUGAAGACGGCCACUAACUUCUACAUCGCUAAUCUGGCUGCCACAGACAUCAUCUUUUUGGUUUGCUGUGUCCCCUUCACUGCUGUGCUUUACCCACUCCCAAGCUGGAUUUUUGGAGAAUUUAUGUGUAAAUUUGUCAACUACAUCCAACAGGUCUCAGUGCAAGCCACAUGCGCAACUCUGACAGCUAUGAGUAUAGAUCGGUGGUACGUGACCGUGUUUCCUCUCUGCUCUCUGCGGCAGCGCACCCCUCGCGUGGCAAGUGCCAUCAGCAUCAGCAUCUGGGCCGGGUCUUUCAUUGUCUCCACUCCAGUGCUGGUCUACAACCGUCUGACCGAGGGCUACUGGUUUGGCCCUCAGACCUACUGCAGUGAGUCCUUUCCUUCCGUCACCCAUGAGAAAGCCUUCAUUCUGUACAACUUCCUGGUGGUGUAUAUCCUGCCCCUGCUCACCAUCCUGAUCUGCUAUGUGGCCAUGUUGUACCAGAUGGGGCGCCCCACGGUUGAGCCGGCUGACCACGCCUACCAGGGCCAGCAACUUGCAGAGCGGUCUGAAGCCAUGAGAGCCAGGAUCUCCCGCAUGGUUGCCAUCAUCGUGCUCCUCUUUGCAGUCUGCUGGGGUCCGGUGCAGUUCCUCAUUCUCUUCCAGGGCUUCGUCCUGGGCUUCCGGCACAGCUACUACACCUAUAAGGUCAAGAUCUGGGCUCACUGCAUGUCUUAUGCCAACUCCUGCGUCAACCCCCUCGUCUACGCCUUCAUGGGGGCCAGUUUCCGAAAGGCCUUCAAGAAGGUUUUCCCCUUUGCCUCCAAGCAGAGGGUGGGUGUCUCCAAUGCAGCUGGCCCCGCCAAUGCCCACACCGAACUGCAGUUCAUCUCAUCGGGGAUGUAA